CGUCUGAUCCAAGGGCCCUGAACCAAGGAGCCGAGGAGUUUGAGAAGCCAGCAGCUCGGGGUUCGGCGGCAGCAGCCCCAUCGGCCGAAGUUCGGGGGGGGGGGGGGUGCGCCGAGCGCGGGGUGGGGGGGGGUCCUGGUCUUUGGCUUCUCGACUCGGUCCUGUUUCAACAGCGAACAUGUUGCGGCCUGUCAGAAGUAGGAAGGUUGUUGAUUAUUCACAGUUUCAAGAAUCUGAUGAUGCAGAUGAAGAUUAUGGAAGAGAUUCGGGCCCUCCUGCUAAGAAAAUUCGAUCAUCUCCCCGAGAAGCUAAAAAUAAGAGGCGAUCUGGAAAGAAUUCACAGGAAGAUAGUGAGGACUCAGAAGAAAAAGAUGUGAAGACCAAGAAGGAUGAUUCUCACUCAGCAGAGGACAGUGAAGAUGAAAAAGAAGAUCAUAAAAAUGUGCGCCAGCAACGGCAAGCAGCAUCCAAAGCAGCUUCUAAACAGAGAGAGAUGCUCAUGGAAGAUGUGGGCAGUGAGGAAGAACAAGAAGAAGAGGAUGAGGCACCAUUCCAGGAGAAUUCCGGCAGCGAUGAGGAUUUCCUAAUGGAAGACGAUGAUGAUAGUGACUAUGGCAGUUCAAAAAUGAAAAACAAAAAGAUGGUUAAGAAGUCAAAACCUGAGAGAAAAGAAAAGAAAAUGCCCAAACCCAGGCUAAAGGCUACAGUGACACCAAGUCCAGUGAAAGGAAAGGGAAUGGGUCGCCCCACAGCUUCAAAGGCAUCAAAGGAAAAGACUCCUUCUCCCAAAGAAGAUGACGAGGAACCAGAAAGCCCUCCAGAAAAGAAAACAUCUGCAAGCCCCCCUCCCGAGAAGUCUGGGGAUAAAGGGUCUGAAGAUGAAGCCCAGUCUGGGGAGGAUUAAAAGUGAUGAUGGUUUGGGGAGAGAUGUUAUU